AUGAAACUAGCAGAAUCGCACCUUGAGACAUGCUCAAAUACUCCUGAGGAUAUUGACCUCUUUAACGUAAACUCCGCCUUGGCAUUCUUCCGUGUCCACUCCUUUGUCGCUUCCGCUGUCGCAGCAGCUCCCCUUGGUGGUGUUGUGCUACUACCGCCGACGACAUCCCAUAAGUCUUCACUAAUCAAGUAUGACUCCAUACAUGACUUCCAUAACCGAUAG